GUCAAUUCUUAAAAAGGCAGGCAAAUAGUUUUCUGAACAGCGCGUGAGAGAGAUUUCCUUCCACACAGCAGCAAUGGCAGCCUCCAAUACGAUACGGGUGCGAUUGUAUUUUGAUUACCCGCCGCCUUCGGUAUCCGACUGUCGCAUGUGCUGGGUGCUCGUUGAUUUGAACAAAUGCCGUGUGGUAGCAGACUUGGCCAGCAUAAUCAGGGAGAAGUUCGACUUCAGUCGCAGGAGCAUUUUGAGUCUAUUCAUUGAAGACUGCUACCUGCCGCAUACAGAGAGGAUCUACGUAGUCCGAGACAACGACAGCAUCAGGUGCGUCACACACAUCCUAGCCACACAUGUUUUUAUCCAGUCUGAUCCACGCUUAGCUCUAAACCUCCGCUAACGCCUUGGACCAGAGCUAAUGGCGCUGAAACUUUAAUUAGGAUCUCAGUCAGGUGAUCUCACCCACGUGGUUGGUUCAUUAUAUUUCUAUGGGUUGGUUAUACAGCCUAGCUAGCUAGCUACAUAGGCUAGCUACAAAACAAUGGAGGGAUUGCACUCCAAGCCUGGUCUUAGCCUAGGCCAAUAUCUGUUUUCACACACACACACAUCCUAGUACUUUGAGAAUAUCUACCGUUCCAACCCUCCGUGUUGUGUUGUUUGACAGAGUGAAGGUGGACAUCCUAACCCGUUUGAAUGGAAGUCCGUCCAACACAUCUGCUGUCAACUCCAAGAAGAAGAGGAGGAGAGAUGCGGAGGAGGAGGAGCCCACACAGAACCAAGUGAGUGAAGAGUGGAAAAAGAAGAAGAAGAAGAAGAAGAGACAGAACGAGGAGAGUCAGGAGGCCGAUUCCAACCAGGCUGCGGUUGAAGAGAGGAGCAAAGAAGACAAGAAGAAACAGAAGAAGAAAAAGGAGGAGAAGAUGGUGACCAAAACCACUGCCUCAUCCACAGGACCCUCUCCCACCUCGUCCACAGGACCCUCUCCCACCAUAGCCAAAGGGGACAAAAACACCAAGAAGGCUCCAGCUGCCACAGCAGUAUCUGUUAACGGUAAAGCCACAGCAAAGACCCAGAAUGGGGAAACAGACUCAUGUUCUGAUUCCAGUGGCAGCAGUAGUGAGGAGGAAGCCCCAAGUAAAAACCCCACACAGAAACGACCCCCCAAAUCACCCUCUGCUACCUCUACACACCCCGUCGCAUCUAAAGCCACCCCAAAAGUCACCCCUAUAGUCAAACCCCCAACCCCCAAUAAGAAACCACGCCCACCUCCCUCGUCAUCCGAUUCGGACUCAGACUCAUCGGAUGACGAUGCCUCUAGCAAAGCCACCACAGGCAAACCUCCGGUUAAAAACCAAACUCCUCUAUCCAAGCCUGCUGCCACUCCUCCUACUACCACAGGCUCCGACGCUGGUCCUAGGGACAAAACCAUCCCCUCCGAGCCCAGACCCAGCCUCCCUUCCUCAGGUCCCAUGAACUCUGUAUCCCCUGGCCAGAGAGCUAAAGCUCCAGGGCCAGGCUCGGCCCCAGCAGCACAGAAGGCCCACAGGAGGCCUGAGAGCUCAGACUCUAGUGGUGGUAGUAGUAGUGAGGAGGAAGAGAUUCAGCUGGUUAUCAAACGGCCAGGCCUGGGGAUGGGGAUGGUCCCUGCUAUUACAGCAGACCCCACCUGGAGAGGCCGAGGCAGGGGAAGCCCUAGGAGUGCAGAGAGGGGUGGGGGUAGAGGGGAUAGGGGUUGGGGUAGAGGGGAUCGAGGCCAGGGUUGGGGUGGUGGUGGAGGCAGGGGGGGUAGAGGUGGGGAGUGGGACAGGGGUCCUCGUGGUGGGGGGAGAGGAGAAGAUAGAGGGGCAGGAGGAGAUCAUGCAGGGUUUUAUUUCAACUAUGAAGGUGGACAGCGACAGCAGAAUAAUCAUCAGCAGCUACCAUCGUACCAGAAUGACUCCCUGGUUAACAACACUGUGGUGCUACCUUCAUACCAGAACGACUCCCUGAUUAACAACUCUGUGGUGUUCCAGGUAAGUCACUGACUGCUAGACGGUAUUCCAGGGUUGGUCAAUUCAAGUAAUUUAGAUAGCAUUUUCUUUCUCAUUGAAAAGCACAGAACUGGAAUUGGAAUUUCUGUUUACUUCUUGAAUUGACUAAAUUGAAAUGGACUUGACCCCAACCCUGUGGCAUUCUGUAACCUACUUCUGUUGCUGCUGGAAUGAAGAUGUGGGAGGUAUGAUAUUUCUAGGUGUGUGUGUGUUGUAGAACCCAUCAGAGAGUGUCACCAGGAGGGACUACAGUGAGAUGCCCCUCCUAGCUGCUCCCCCUCAGGUGGGACAGAAAAUCGCCUUCAAGGUAACAUACCACUUAUAGACCAGCCUUCAAGGUAACAUACCACUUAUAGACCAACCUUCAAGGUAACUCACCACUUAUAGACCAACCUUCAAGGUAACUCACCACUUAUAGACCAACCUUCAAGGUAACUCACCACUUAUAGACCAACCUUCAAGGUAACACACCACUUAUAGACCAACCUUCAAGGUAACACACCACUUAUAGACCAACCUUCAAGGUAACUCACCACUUAUAGACCAACCUUCAAGGUAACAUACCACUUAUAGACCAACCUUCAAGGUAACAUACCACUUAUAGACCAACCUUCAAGGUAACACACCACUUAUAGACCAACCUUCAAGGUAACAUACCACUUAUAGACCAACCUUCAAGGUAACACACCACUUAUAGACCAACCUUCAAGGUAACAUACCACUUAUAGACCAACCUUCAAGGUAACAUACCACUUAUAGACCAACCUUCAAGGUAACAUACCACUUAUAGACCAGCCUUCAAGGUAACAUACCACUUAUAGACCAGCCUUCAAGGUAACACACCACUUAUAGACCAGCCUUCAAGGUAACAUACCACUUAUAGACCAGCCUUCAAGGUAACUCACCACUUAUAGACCAGCCUUCAAGGUAACACACCACUUAUAGACCAACCUUCAAGGUAACUCACCACUUAUAGACCAGCCUUCAAGGUAACACACCACUUAUAGACCAGCCUUCAAGGUAACACACCACUUAUAGACCUUCAAGGUAACUCACCACUUAUAGACCAACCUUCAAGGUAACUCACCACUUAUAGACCAGCCUUCAAGGUAACACACCACUUAUAGACCAACCUUCAAGGUAACUCACCACUUAUAGACCAACCUUCAAGGUAACACACCACUUAUAGACCAACCUUCAAGGUAACUCACCACUUAUAGACCAGCCUUCAAGGUAACACACCACUUAUAGACCAACCUUCAAGGUAACUCACCACUUAUAGACCAACCUUCAAGGUAACAUACCACUUAUAGACCAACCUUCAAGGUAACUCACCACUUAUAGACCCCCUUCAAGGUAACACAAACCCACUUAUAGACCAACCUUCAAGGUAACUCACCACUUAUUUAGACCACCUUCAAGGAACACACCACUUAUAGACCUUCAAGGUAACUCACCACUUAUAGACCUUCAAGGUAACUCACCACUUAUAGACCAGCCUUCAAGGUAACACACCACUUGUAGACCAACCUUCAAGGUAACAUACCACUUGUAGACAACCUUCAAUGUAACACACCACUUAUAGACCAACCUUCAAGGUAACAUACCACUUAUAGACCAACCUUCAAGGUAACAUACCACUUAUAGACCAACCUUCAAGGUAACUCACCACUUAUAGACCAACCUUCAAGGUAACUCACCACUUAUAGACCAGCCUUCAAGGUAACACACCACUUGUAGACCUUCAAGGUAACUCACCACUUAUAGACAGACCUUGGAGGUAACUCACCACUUAUAGACCAGCCUUCAAGGUAACACACCACUUAUAGACCAACCUUCAAGGUAACAUACCACUUAUAGACCUUCAAGGUAACACACCACUUAUAGACCAACCUUGGAGGUAACUCGCCACUUAUAGACCAACCUUGGAGGUAACUCGCCACUCAGACAGACCUUGGAGGUAACUCACCACUUAUAGACCAGCCUUGGAGGUAACUCGCCACUUAUAGACCAGCCUUGGAGGUAACUCACCACUUAUAGACAGACCUUGGAGGUAACUCACCACUUAUAGACCAGCCUUGGAGGUAACUCGCCACUUAUAGACCAGCCUUGGAGGUAACUCACCACUCAGACAGACCUUGGAGGUAACUCGCCACUUAUAGACCAGCCUUGGAGGUAACUCACCACUUAUAGACCAGCCUUGGAGGUAACUCACCACUUAUAGACCAACCUUGGAGGUAACUCACCACUUAUAGACCAGCCUUGGAGGUAACUCACCACUUAUAGACCAGCCUUGGAGGUAACUCGCCACUUAUAGACCAGCCUUGGAGGUAACUCGCCACUUAUAGACCAGCCUUGGAGGUAACUCACCACUUAUAGACCAGCCUUGGAGGUAACUCGCCACUUAUAGACCAACCUUGGAGGUAACUCGCCACUUAUAGACCAACCUUGGAGGUAACUCACCACUUAUAGACCAGCCUUGGAGGUAACUCACCACUCAGACAGGCCGUGGUGCUGCUGCUGGAUAUGGAACAGUUCUAUAUUCACCACACAGCUCAGUCUGAUAAACUCGGUUCAAAUGGAAGCAAUGCAUUUACCUUCACUAAUUUCAUGUCUUUAUUUAGCCAGGGUGGUCCACUCAGUAACACUUGUCGCUGUUUCCCAGUGGUUCAAAUGGAAGCAACUGUAUGUACUAGUAGAAAAAAUAGCAUAGUUAGGGUAUAGGGUCACUCCAUUCAGACGCUGGAGUUUUUCCUGCUCAGGUCAUGUGGCCAAGAAAAACUCCUAGCGGUACUAAUUCAGUAGACUCAAUGGACAAGGUGGGAAACAGUUAAAGACGCUGGUAAUGUAAGUCCCUCCAUUUUCCAUGCUAAUAAAGCCUCCUUUAAUUAAAAUAGAAGAACAGUGAGAGAUUACUGUACAGCUGUGUUGCUAAGGUGCUGCAUGCCUCAAUGUCACUCAUUAUCACUCCAGUGUGUGUUUGUGUAUGUUCACAGCUGCUGGAGCUGACAGAGAACUACACACCAGAGGUGUCUGAGUAUAAAGUGAGUAAAAAUAGCAGAAAGACUAACUCCUUUUCUCUCUUCGGUGUCUGGUAUAACUAGAGGAGAAAGAGCUGUCAACACGGUUAGGAACUGUUUUCUCUCUGUCUUCAGUGUCUGGUAUAACUAGAGGAGAAAGAGCUGUCAACACGGUUAGGAACUGUUUUCUCUCUUCAGUGUCUGGUAUAACUAGAGGAGAAAGAGCUGUCAACACGGUUAGGAACUGUUUUCUCUCUUCAGUGUCUGGUAUAACUAGAGGAGAAAGAGCUGUCAACACGGUUAGGAACUGUUUUCUCUCUUCAGUGUCUGGUAUAACUAGAGGAGAAAGAGCUGUCAACACGGUUAGGUCAGUGUCUGGUAUAACUAGAGGAGAAAGAGCUGUCAACACGGUUAGGAACUGUUUUCUCUCUGUCUUCAGUGUCUGGUAUAACUAGAGGAGAAAGAGCUGUCAACACGGUUAGGAACUGUUUUCUCUGUCUUCAGUGUCUGGUAUAACUAGAGGAGAAAGAGCUGUCAACACGGUUAGGAACUGUUUUCUCUGUCUUCAGUGUCUGGUAUAACUAGAGGAGAAAGAGCUGUCAACACGGUUAGGAACUAUUUUCUCUCUUCAGUGUCUGAUAUAACUAGAGGAGAAAGAGCUGUCAACACGGUUAGGUCAGUGUCUGGUAUAACUAGAGGAGAAAGAGUUGUCAACACGGUUAGGAACUGUUUUCUCUCUUCAGUGUCUGGUAUAACUAGAGGAGAAAGAGCUGUCAACACGGUUAGGAACUGUUUUCUCUCUUCAGUGUCUGGUAUAACUAGAGGAGAAAGAGCUGUCAACACGGUUAGGAACUGUUUUCUCUGUCUUCAGUGUCUGGUAUAACUAGAGGAGAAAGAGCUGUCAACACGGUUAGGAACUGUUUUCUCUCUCUUCAGUGUCUGGUAUAACUAGAGGAGAAAGAGUUGUCAACACGGUUAGGAACUGUUUUCUCUCUUCAGUGUCUGAUAUAACUAGAGGAGAAAGAGCUGUCAACACGGUUAGGAACUGUUUUCUCUCUGUCUUCAGUGUCUGGUAUAACUAGAGGAGAAAGAGCUGUCAACACGGUUAGGAACUGUUUUCUCUCUUCAGUGUCUGGUAUAACUAGAGGAGAAAGAGCUGUCAACACGGUUAGGAACUGUUUUCUCUGUCUUCAGUGUCUGGUAUAACUAGAGGAGAAAGAGCUGUCAACACGGUUAGGAACUGUUUUCUCUCUUCAGUGUCUGGUAUAACUAGAGGAGAAAGAGCUGUCAACACGGUUAGGAACUGUUUUCUCUGUCUUCAGUGUCUGGUAUAACUAGAGGAGAAAGAGCUGUCAACACGGUUAGGAACUGUUUUCUCUCUUCAGUGUCUGGUAUAACUAGAGGAGAAAGAGUUGUCAACACGGUUAGGAACUGUUUUCUCUGUCUUCAGUGUCUGGUAUAACUAGAGGAGAAAGAGCUGUCAACACGGUUAGGAACUGUUUUCUCUGUCUUCAGUGUCUGGUAUAACUAGAGGAGAAAGAGCUGUCAACACGGUUAGGAACUGUUUUCUCUGUCUUCAGUGUCUGGUAUAACUAGAGGAGAAAGAGCUGUCAACACGGUUAGGAACUGUUUUCUCUCUCUCUUCAGUGUCUGGUAUAACUAGAGGAGAAAGAGCUGUCAACACGGUUAGGAACUGUUUUCUCUCUUCAGUGUCUGGUAUAACUAGAGGAGAAAGAGCUGUCAACACGGUUAGGAACUGUUUUCUCUCUGUCUUCAGUGUCUGGUAUAACUAGAGGAGAAAGAGUUGUCAACACGGUUAGGAACUGUUUUCUGUCUUCAGUGUCUGGUAUAACUAGAGGAGAAAGAGUUGUCAACACGGUUAGGAACUGUUUUCUCUCUUCAGUGUCUGAUAUAACUAGAGGAGAAAGAGCUGUCAACACGGUUAGGAACUGUUUUCUCUCUUCAGUGUCUGGUAUAACUAGAGGAGAAAGAGUUGUCAACACGGUUAGGAACUGUUUUCUCUGUCUUCAGUGUCUGGUAUAACUAGAGGAGAAAGAGCUGUCAACACGGUUAGGAACUGUUUUCUCUGUCUUCAGUGUCUGGUAUAACUAGAGGAGAAAGAGCUGUCAACACGGUUAGGAACUGUUAUUUUCUAACAGUAUGUGGACAGCGCUUUUUUCUCAAGUUAUGUCCUGAACUAGGACUAAAUACAUGUGGUAAGAAAUGUUUAUGUGCUACAUUAAAAAAAAUAUUAUCUGUUUCAUUUGGGUAAUGUCUUUUCUCACUGUUUGUCUUUCAGGAGGGGAAGAUCAUUCAUUUUGACCACAGCACAAAACAGAUUGAGCUAGAGCUGCUCUCUGCUUAUCAAGGUAAGGCCAAACAGAUGGCUGCUCUCUGCUUAUUAAGGUAAGGCCAAACAGAUGGCUGCUCUCUGCUUAUUAAGGUAAGGCCAAACAGAUGGCUGCUCUCUGCUUAUUAAGGUAAGGCCAAACAGAUGGCUGCUCUCUGCUUUUCAAGGUAAGGCCAAACAGAUGGCUGCUCUCUGCUUUUCAAGGUAAGGCCAAACAGAUGGCUGCUCUCUGCUUAUUAAGGUAAGGCCAAACAGAUGGCUGCUCUCUGCUUAUCAAGGUAAGGCCAAACAGAUGGCUGCUCUCUGCUUAUUAAGGUAAGGCCAAACAGAUGGCUGCUCUCUGCUUAUUAAGGUAAGGCCAAACAGAUGGCUGCUCUCUGCUUAUUAAGGUAAGGCCAAACAGAUGGCUGCUCUCUGCUUAUUAAGGUAAGGCCAAACAGAUGGCUGCUCUCUGCUUAUUAAGGUAAGGCCAAACAGAUGGCUGCUCUCUGCUUAUUAAGGUAAGGCCAACCGCAUGGUAAGAUUGAAGAUCCCUCACUUAACAUUUUAAAUGAAAGGGAAAAAAUAAAUAAAAGCAGUGUCUGCAUCCCGAUUCUCCGCUCUUCUCCAAAGUGCACCGGCACAACUUCCUGUCAUUGGAUUGGUGUGAUGAUUGGAGUGAGGUUCCAUUGUUGAAUCCAUGACAAGUCUGCCAGUGCUCACUUUGGGAGAAAGGUGGAGAAUGGUGAUUCAGCUGAUGUUUCCCCCAGCCAUCUGAAGACACCUGACACUACCGGUCAAUGCUGGGCCUUACUAAGAUGGACCGCCCUAACAUGUCUGUCUGUCCUUCAGCUCCGGUGGAGCCGGGGAAGUUUGACCUGGUGUAUCAGAACGCUGACGGAUCAGAGAGUGUGGAGUACGCUGUGUCCCGUGGCUCCAGG